AUGGACCCCAACUUUCUAAAGGACCUCAACUACUUCGCCGUCCCCAAUAACCAGACCAACAACUCUGUGGAGCAGCCCGCCGAGUCAUCGGCCGCAGGUGCCGCCAGAAAUGCGCCCGACGCCUCUUUGUGGGAGGCCCUAGGAGCCGACCAAUCCAACUCUGAGUCGACCUCCAAUGGCCCUUCCUCGAUGCCCUCUUUUGCGCAGGCUUCGCCGGCCAGCACGAACUUCGGCAUGGGCCCCAUGCCCGCCCAAAUGAACUUCGGGCAAGGUCAACAGAGGAACGCUUUGCCGACCCGAACAGCUCAAAAUGCUGGCCCGAGACGGCGGGACGGACAUGAGCGCAAGCGGACCAAGGUCGACCCCGAAGCUGCGGCCUUGGAGUCCGUCGACUACUGGAUCCAGUUCGACGAUGAUGAGGAACAGAAGCUGGGCGGUAGCUUCGAGAUCGACUUUUCCAAGCGCAGACACCCUACUCAGAACUAUUCCAGACCGCCAGCUGCGAAUCGUCUCAACCCCAUGUCCACAACGCCCGGUCUAGGCGCUGGACUUUACACGAAUCCCGUGUUUAAGCCAGAAGACUUCAUGGAUGACACUGCUCUCGAUAACGCCUUGUCCGAGGACGAGGACGUCUUGGAGUCGAUGAAUCUCGGCGAUCAGCUCGGCAAGAUCGACUCGCAACCUCCCUCAGAGGUCCCUCCCCGAGAGGGACUGUAUUCGACGCCCCUGAGCUGGGAGAAACCGGCGCCAGGUCUAAGGAUGAACCCCCUUUUUGGCAUGGGAGGUAUGGGCGGCGGCAUGGCUGGCAUGGGCGCGCCUAUGCUCGAUCCCGAACAGCGAAGACUGCUCGCCAUUGCCCUCAACACCGGCCGGUCGUCAUCGACGAGUAUAGGUUCCGGGAUGGGCUUUGGUGUCGGUGCUGACCUGGGCCCUGAGUUUGCGAGUCUUGAAAACUUCGAUGCCCACAUGGCGACGGCAAGCAUGAAUGAUCUCACGAGAGGCCCCGAAGAUCCAGAUCUUCAACACAACAAGGGCAAGGAGAAGGAGAAGGCCCCUGCGCAACGGCCUGCAGUGUCGCGAACCACGACUGCCGCGACAGGGGUGUCGGAAAAGUCCAAAGACAAAGGCAAAGGAGGCGACCGAACGGCGCAUAACGACAUUGAGAGGAAAUACCGCACCAACUUGAAGGACAGAAUUUCUGAGCUGCGCGAUGCUGUGCCAUCACUUAGGUCAAUACCCGAAGAUGGAGGCGAAGACGCCGAGGUGGACAGUCAGUCGCAGCGCGGCCCCAAAGUGAGCAAGGGCACUGUCCUCACGAAAGCGACGGAGUACAUCCAUUACCUAGAGCGAAGAAACAAGGCCAUCAUGCGUGAGCACCAGGAACUCGCGAGACGGCUGCAGGCCUUCGAGCAACUCCUCAGUGCAACGGCGCGGCAGCCGUUCCCGAUGCCGAAUUACAGCAGAACCCUGUUCGACCCGAGAGGAUUCUGUUAA